AUUGCACCUAGAGACUUAUUAUCACACAAUCGUAGCGUUAUGUUCCUGCACACUUUUCAUCGAGAGGCGUCGUCGAACAUCGAUUACCAAUUCGUCUACGUGAGCAAAGAAAUAAAAAUCCUGGGGACCAGUUCCUAUUUCCGGUUCGUCCUGUCACCUCCCCUUCGUUCCCUCGAUCGAAAACCCGACACGCCAGAAAUCGUUAACGACGGUCAUUUUCCGUCGAUCCUGUCGCCCAGACCGAUCGAUAUCGAAAAAAUAACGAAGAGCAAAUCGAUCGACAGCAUCCUCGAAGCGCAUCGCACGACGUGCGGGUACUCGGAUCAGCGACGAAGACCGUGUCGAGUUUGCCACGCUUCGAAAUUUGAUUCAUCGUACACGGCAAACAAGGCACAGUUUUUAACGUUGCUUAAUGAACAAUUGAUGGCGCGAGUGGGACGGUUGGAACGUGAUUUGGGUUUGACGGAAGCGGCCCUAAAGAACGAGAAAAUGGCGCGGAUGACGCUGUCGAAAAAGCUGCAUAUUUAUGAGUCUUUCGUCGAUGAAAUGUUCCGGCGUUUGAAUGCUGUGGAUAUGGUGAAAGUCAGAGAUACCAUGAAAAGGGAGAUCACAAUACAAAAAGUGAAGUCGAAAGAAUUAUCUUCGAUACGCGACCAGCAAGGCGACAAGUCUGUUCCAAUUCCAGAGGUCUCGAUGUUCAAUCGAUCCUCCGAGUACCAGACCUACAACGAUGAAGAAAUCACGGAGACAAACAAAACUCAGGAGAUUCUUCAGCAACCAAAUUUAUCUGACGAUUUCGUCAAAGUAAUUCAUAAUCCAGAACUUAUGAGGGAGUUAUUUAUAAAAGACGAAGCUACAAUGACUGUUGACAAUUCUGAAGUUAAUUCGGUUAUGGGAGAAUUCGUCAAGGAAAUGACUGUUCCAAAAGUUGAGGAUUCUGAUAAUCAAAGAUGUAGAACCAAAGAGGAGACAAAUACAAUAAAUGGGCAAGGAGACAAAGUUGAUUAUAAAAUCGAAGAGAACUGUGUUCAAAAAUUAAACGAAACAGAAGACAAUGUUGAUUCCAAAGAAAUUAAUAGUAAUCAGAUAUCUGCAGAGAAUAAUUUACAGGAAUGGGUGCUCGAAGGCGAAUGCUACUUGAAAAUGUCCAAUAGGAUGCAUCAGAUGAUCGAUAACGUCGAGAGGAGUUUGAAAAAUUGUUUGAAGGCUCAAGGUAUCCAUAUUGAGUCAGAUACUCCAAAAAGUAUGGACAGCAAGAAUCAGGAGACGCCUCAAACCUCGUCUGUUUUAAUAAAAUGUUGCAACGCUAAAUUGUCCAUUAUAAAGUGAACUUAGAUAGAUCUCUGUAUGUAAGAUACAGUCGUAAAUUAAAUGGAUUCAAGUUCGCUGCAGUCUGAUAGAAAAAUCCGACUGUCGUCAUCAAAAACACGAGCUGUAAAUAAUAAAAUGUUGAAUAUUCUGCGUUCAAUAUCCGCUUCUACGUUAUUUCUGUUCGUGCUAAAUGCGUUGUAUCCAUUACGAUCCUUUCUGUGCGAUAUCGAAACGUUAAUAAACACGGUUCAGCAGAACAGCGAUUUUUAAUCGCAAAAUCGCGGAUCCACAUUUUCAUGUACCAAUAAUACUAUUUUUAACUGUGGUCGAUUUCAAAUAAAAUUACGUGAAAAAGUUCAAUCGUUUUCCUAAC